AUGGAAGUCCAAAUUUGGUCAACGGCCACCGCCGUCAUUCUACUAGCAAUCCUCUCCGCCCACCUCCUCACAAAGGCCCUCCGGCGAAAAAAGCCCAACUACCCGCCCGGCCCGAAACCCUGGCCCAUAAUCGGAAACCUCAACCUGAUCGGGCCCCUCCCCCACCAAUCCCUCCACGACCUCUCCCUCAAGUACGGGCCCAUCAUGCACCUCUGGUUCGGGUCCCAACAGGUCGUCGUGGGCUCCUCGGCCCGCGCGGCCCGUGUCUUCCUCAAAACAAUGGACGUAAACUUCGCUUCCCGGCCCAAGACCGCCGCCGGCAAGUACACAACCUACAACUAUUCCGACAUCACGUGGUCCCCCUACGGCCCGUACUGGCGCCAGGCUCGACGCAUGUGCCUGAUGGAGCUCUUCAGCUCCCGUCGGCUCGAGUCCUACGAGUACAUCCGGGCCGAGGAAUUGGGCUCGCUGUUGAAGAAAAUGUUCGAAUCGGCCCGUGAGCCCGUCCAAUUGAAGGACCGGCUGUCGACGCUGAGCCUCAACAUCAUUAGCCGGAUGGUUUUGGGGAAAACGUAUCUCGACGGGGGGCAAAACGAUGUCGUUUCUCCCGACGAAUUCAAGCGGAUGAUCGACGAGCUUUUUCUCCUGAACGGGGUUUUGAACGUCGGCGACGUGAUUCCGGCGGUAGGGUGGCUGGAUCUGCAGGGGUACGUGAGGAGGAUGAAGGCGGUUAGCAAGAAAUUCGACCGGUUUUUGGAGAGGGUUCUGGACGAGCACGAGGAGAGGAGGCGGAGCACGGCGGGGUACGUGAGCCGGGACAUGGUGGAUGUGCUGCUGGAGCUGGCGGAGGCGCCGGAUCUGGAGGUGAAGCUCGAGAGGCACGGCAUCAAAGGUUUUACACAGGAUUUGCUGGCGGGUGGGACCGAGAGCUCGGCAGUGACCGUGGAGUGGGCCAUCUCGGAGCUAUUGAAAAAGCCCGAGAUUUUCACACGGGCUACGGAGGAGUUGGAUCGGGUUAUCGGACGGGAUAGAUGGGUCAAAGAGAAAGAUAUUCCAAACCUCCCUUACAUAGAUGCCAUUGUCAAGGAGACCAUGCGCCUGCACCCCGUGGCCCCAAUGCUUGUACCUCGAUUGUCACGUGAAGAUUGCAAGGUGGAUGGAUAUGACAUAAAGAAGGGGACCCAAGUGCUAGUCAACGUGUGGACAAUUGGGAGGGACCCAUCCCUAUGGGAAAAGCCCAAUGAGUUUUGUCCAGAGAGAUUCAUUGGUAAGGACAUUGAUGUAAAGGGCCACGAUUUUGAGCUUCUACCGUUUGGGUCGGGCCGGAGAAUGUGCCCCGGCUACAGUUUGGGCCUCAAGGUGAUCCAGUCCAGCUUAGCCAACCUGCUGCAUGGCUUCAAUUGGAAAUUGGCGGACGGUAUGAGGCCCGAAGACUUGAAUAUGGAAGAAAUAUUUGGGCUUUCAACCCCAAGGAAGGUCCCUCUUGUCACUUUAGUAGAGCCCAGGUUGCCAGUUGAGCAUUAUUCCAUGUGA